AUGAAAAUGAAAAUAAUAUUUUUAAUUUUAAUUUUAAUUUUUUCUAUAAAUAUAAUAAAAUGUGAUAAAGAAUUUAAAAUGUUAACAUUGUUAACAGCACAAGUUGAUGAUUUAGGAUUUAAUAAUAUGAUUAAUCAAGGUAGAAUUGAAGUUGCCAAAGGUAUGAAUAUUGAAGAUUCAAGAUUAUUGGUAGUUGAAGGAUUUAAUGAAACUUUUAAACAUUUAUUACCAAUUGUUCAAAAUGAUGAUAUUGAUUUAGUUAUUUGUUCAAGUUCCGGUCAUUUACAAGCAUGUAGAGCCAUUGCCGAAAUGUAUAUCAAUAGUACAACUAUUAAAACUCAAUUCCUAGUCAGAGGUUCAUCAUCACCCACAAGAAAUUUAAUUUAUAUUAGUUACAAUUACGCAUCUGCCAAUUAUAUCAGUGGUUAUUUCGCAGCAUUGUUUUCAAAAACUGGUAAAAUCGGAUUCGUUUCACCUGGUCAAGCUGCCAAUAAUAAUGAUUCCUUUGUUUAUGCAUUUUGGGUUGGCGCAAGACAAGUUAAUCCAGAUAUCAAAUUUUACUACUACAACAUUGGUAAUUACUUGGACGUUGAUAAAACAGUUGCCGCCACCAAUGAUCUAUUGGAUAUGGGUUGUGAUGUAGUUGGUAAUACAUUGGAUGAUUUCUCCACUGGUGAUGCUUCAAUUGCCCGUGGCUUCCCUGCAAUUGGUACUAAUGGAUUCCCACAAAGACAUGUGUAUGGUGAAAAUGUUAUUUAUAGUUACUCUUACAAUUGGACUAAAUUUUUCUUACCAAUUGCAGAGAGUGUUAAAUCUGGUAAUACAAAUAACUCUCAAUGGUAUGCUGAUUUCGAUUUUGAUGAAAAUAAAAACUUUUACCAUUUAGAUUAUGGUUUUGAAGUUAAUCAAAGUAUUCUCGAUAAAAUGAAUACUGAAAUUGAUUAUUUAAAAAGUACCGACAGAAUGUCUCAUCCAUAUUAUUGUAAUGAAUUAAUACCACAAUACGCCAAAGAAAAUAAUUUAAAAUUAGCCAAUGUUACAGGUAUCACUCUUCCAAUUGGUUGUGUCACUCAUCAAACAUUUUUAUCAAUUAAUAAACCAUUCCCUGGUAUGACUUAUUUAGGUAAUUAUAAAAUUAAAUUAGUUGAAGUUGAAUUUUCACAAUCACUUCAAUAUGGUUUUUCAAUUACAACUGGUGUUUUAAUUGCAAUUACAAUUAUAAUGAUGCUUGGUAUUGUUAGAUAUAAGAGUACACCAUCAAUUAGAUCAGCAAGUCCAAUUUUCUUAAAUUUUAUAUUGGCAGGUGGUAUAAUUGUUUAUAUUGGUAUUAUAGUUUGGGUUGGUCCAGCAAAUGAUCAUCAAUGUAAUGCUAGACUUUGGUUAGUUACACUUGGUUUUUCAACAUUAAUUGGUAGUUUAGUAGUAAAGAAUUUUAGAAUUUGGUUAAUUUUUGAUAAUCCAGAAUUGAAAUCAAUUUCAAUUACAAAUUAUCAAUUAUUCCCAUGGGUUGGUGCUUGUUUAGUAAUUAAUAUCAUAUUAAUGUCAAUAUUAACAAGUGUGGGUGAUUUAAGAGAAAUCGAUGCACAAGGUAUUGAUUCAUUGGGUAAAUAUGAAUUUAUGAAAGUUUGUAAAAUGAAUAGUUCUGGUGCAUCAACAUUGUAUACGAUUUUAGCAUAUUUCGCAGCACUACUAUUGGUUGGUGUAUUUGUAUCAUGGAAGAUUAGAAUCGUAGAUAUUCAAGAAUUUAAUGAAUCAAAAGCAAUUGCAAAUACAUUAUAUGCUAUUAGUUUUUGUUUAUUCGUAAUUGUACCAUUAAUGAUAUCACCACAAGAUAAACAAUCUGAAACCAUUGUAUUAUGUACCGCUGGUUUAUUCAUUACCACAGCUGCUUUAUUAAUUAUUUUCACUCCUAAAUUCUGGAGAGUUUUCACAUUAGGUGAUGGUGGUACAAAUGAUAUGUUUAGAAAGAAACAAUCAAAUGUUGCAACUGCUCGUGCUGAAAGUAGUAAAAGUUCAAGUGGUCCAAAAUUAAAUCGUAGAGGUAAUUUAGUUUCUGAUGAUUUCACUGAUACCGAAACUUCAAUCUCUGAGAAAAAAGUAAAUGUUGUAGCUGGUGCUGUACUAGCUGAAUUCACUGAUGAUACAAUCUCUGAAUUUGAUGAUAAUAAUAUUGAACAAGAUAACGAUAACGAUAAUGAUAAUAAUAAUAAUAAUAAUAAUAAUAAUAAUAAUAAUAAUAAUAAUAAUAAUAAUAAUAAUAAUAAUAAUAAUAAUAAUAAUAAUAAUAAUAAUAAUAAUAAUAAUAAUAAUAAUAAUAAUAAUACUAAUACUAGUCAACCGAAUGAUGAAAAAGUUGAAGAAAAACAACAAAAUGAUACCGAAGAAGAAGAUAAAAAUCAAUAA